AUGAUUGUCAGAGGGAUCGUGGAGAGACCCAGCGGCUCGGCGCCGCCCGCUCCGCCCUCGUUGCCCAAAACAUCAGUCACAGGUUUUCCUCAAGCUCGACAUCGAUCUCUGGCGUCGUCAAAGACGGACGCCCUAGCUCGCCAUGGUGAGAACGAUUCAAGCACUCGAGCAUCCUCUAGGUUGUAUGAGCCAGCAACGGCCUUGGACUACACAAGCAUCCCCAGCUCUGGGCUGGAUCCAGCGGCUUCGGACGUAACGAGACGAGAGAUUGAAGCAGAGAAUGAAGCUCGCAUCCAGGCCAUGACUGCAGAAGAGAGGGAGCAGGAAGCUCAAGAGCUGAUUGAACGCUUCGGACCUGGUCUUGUGGACAUCAUGCGUCGGCGGAGGGAUGAGAGACAGGCUGCGACUGCUAGUACCUUGGAGUCAAGACCAACCCCUAUGACCAGAUCCCAGACUGAAUCUUCGGCGCCUCAUGGAUCCGGAUCAUUGGAUCGACUCGCCGAAAUUCGCGCUGAGUUGCCUGGAGUGUCUGUCGAAUCUCACAAACUCGCAUGGCUCCAAGAUCCAUCACCCUCAGAUGAUAAGUCAAUCCGCUUCGAUCUCUCAGGAGGAGUCUUGACAUCAGAGGAGCUCCAGAGCCUACCGACUAGUCACGGCUUGCAUCAUCAUGGUGACUCUCCGGAAUUGGCGGGGUAUACGAUCCAAAAUAUCCUCACGCUGUGCCGGUCGAGCAUUCUGGGCCAGAGAACGAAGAUGCUCCAUCUUCUCGGGACGAUCAUAAGUCGCUGGAAGCGAUGUGAAGAGGAGGCGAUGACGAAGACAUUCACAGAUGCGCAAGUCGUCCAGAAAGCUGUGGACAUGGCUGUGGAGAUCGUGGGCAACACGCCACGAGCCAUCGGUCUGACCGUGGCAGGUAUCGAUCUCCUCUGUCAUUGUCAAAUGGACAAUACGAGUCUCGAUAUGGAUACACGGCCUACAGCACAGCCGGUCAUAGCCUGGGAGCUUGUGCUUCCAGGAGCACAGAGACUGCUGGCGGAAGACAGUGGCAUUCCUCAAGCUUCUUUGGACCGCUUGAUGAAUUGCCUUCAAUUCGCCGCCAUGCAGUCGUCAGAAACGGCAGAGCUGAUAUGCACUAUCCUGCCGGAAGUCGUGAGAUAUCAGGUUCUCGCUAGGCCGUGGCCGAUAAACCCCAAAUAUCCACCUUCUACACAAGCGAUCGCACUGGUGACGGGUCUCAUCGAAUCCGCCAGGAAUUGCGCGGUCUCAAUCGCUCAGACCGACUUACCUGUCUCUGUCCUCCGCUUCCUAAUUCCUUCGACCUGGCCAGAUGACUCGGCUCCGAUCAUCUGUAAGGAGGCACUGCAGCUGCUGUUCUCAUUGGCCCGCUAUGGCCUUGGAGCGGAGGUCGUCCGGACUUCGAUGGAGAUAUUCGAUACUCUCGGUAUGGCCACACGGGCAGACCCCGAGGCAUCGGCUAUCUACUUCAAACUCCUCGCGGCAUGGCUCACUUGUGCCAUAGAUCCUCAUCGGACUACACCAGAACAUAGUCUCACUUGGGCUCAGGUCUCUAGCAUGGGCUGGGUUGAUGCUGCAUUGAAAUAUAUCGGAGACUCGGGACCGUGGACCUCAUCGGCUCUCGAAGCCGCUCUCGAGCUGAUCAUCUCCUGGAUCCUGGGACUGGCGGUCAAUUCACCCGACAAGGGCGUGGUCGAGAAGCGAGCUUUGGCACAGACGUUGCGAAAUCUCACGCUGCCGAUUGAGACAGAGCCGAUUUUAUCCCGUUUGGUGCAGCUUGACCUACUUCUCACUGUCUCCGAUAUAGACGGGAUCCUGCAUCCGCAACGGCGCCAGGACCUCAUCUCUAGACUGGACUCCACCUCUCCCGUGGCGCUGCAAUACUACCUCCUGUAUCUCGGGGCAGCUCACAGCCUCAUCGACAAAGACGAACAAGCAUCAUUAAUGCUGAGAUUGUUCCCUCGAUUUUCGGCAGGCGAAGAGCAUCUAGCUCUGGACCUCUUGGAUGAGCUCCUGAAAGGCGAUGUAUCCCGAUCCCUCGACGGGCAAAGUCAUCCAGACCUUGAGAUCCUCCGACCACUCCUACAAUAUGCUAUUCUGCCCUCAGCGGAUUCAGUCAUUGGCCCUUCACCACCAGUCCAUACAUACCUCAAAGCCACGACUUCUCUCCUUCGUCCUGCUACACCCGGCCCAGGUCUACCUUUGCCAGCCGACUGGCUCUUCUCGCCAUUGGGCGAACUAUUGCGCUCCGCCACGUCGAAUGCCCUUGCUCAGACCCCACCAGACUGGAACCCUAGCGAGACUGAGAUUGUCCGUGCUGUCUUGUUUCUCGGUCAAUGUCAGGUACAAUUCGGUAGCCCCUCCCGGUCUCAGCUCUUGUUCAAUUUAAUGAAGGUCUUCAUGCUGGAAAAUGAACAACAUUCCGGGACAUCAGACGGUGAUGUCUUCCGGGACGAUGUGGUCUCGAGCCGUAUCUCUGCCCUUUUAUUGAAGAUCAUCACGCCAGAAACCUCGAUGGAUCGCAAUGUCAACCUCGAGUCCGUGUCCAAGGCUUUCCUAGGGGACGACACCCCCUUCUAUCAAUUCUACACCGAUUAUUUGUCACUCUUCGAAGCUAUAUCAUAUUCCGAUACGUCGUUCGCUCAGACGAUUAUGGCCCCUCUCGCCAUGUCCUAUCCCACCGACUAUCGUCGACUACUAUGGCUCGAUCAUCCUCCGGUGCCGCGGAUCAUCCAUCUCAAGAUAUCUCAGACGCCCUUGGAGCAUGGAUCUUUCUCAGACUAUCUGCGGCCGUACGAGAAGGAUAGGGACUUGCUGAAUGCAUACGCUCAGCAAUUGGCGCGAGGAUGGAUCACUCGUGAGCGAAAUCAGCUCUUAUGGACAAUCGCCUCGAGCCAUCUGUCCCAUGCUCUGUGGACCGAACAGGAUACCAAUCUAUUGAAGUCGAUAGGAGAUACGUCUGGAAAGACCCUGGCAGACCUCGCAGGGGUCGAUGUGCAGCUGAAUGGAGCGAUAUCAACCAUUUCAGUCAAUCUGGAAAAGCGCCUGGACUGUAUACGUAGAGUCUGCGGAGAUAAUGUUCUCGCCAAAGUGAAAGCCCUGUUGUAA